AUGGCGUACGGAGGCAGAUGGACUGAGGUGAUGUCUAAACACCUCAAGACAGUAGAGGAUGCCACCCGAAAAGGUGACACCCUGGACCCUCGAGAUGUCAUGAGCCACCUGUAUAGGACCAACAUCUCCGAUCGUAGGAUGAAGGAAGCGGUAAUGGGGCAGGUCAAGAUCGCCAUCAAGAAAGGCAGGCGGGGUUGGCUAAGGCGCAUGGCAGAGGAGGCUCGCAGCGCUGGAUUGUUUACAGACGAAUGGAUUGAAGGUAACAUCUUCAAAUUACAGGGUCGCCAUCAUCGUCGUGACAAUCGCCGAGAAUCCAUCGCGGAGCAGGCGGUGUUCGAGCCUGUGAGGGACUAUCGGCUUCAACAGGACCCGACACUCCCAAAAUAUGUUGAAGAGGUUAGCGCUCAAGAUGGCCCGACUAGGUUGGAUCAGCGCUCCUACAGAGAUGCCUUAAUGGACUGCCCUAGAGAAGAGAAGAGAUCGUCUCCGGAAAAGUAUUCGUCGGACGUGUCCAAUCAUUCGGGAGGGGAAUACCAGGAGGAGUUGGCCGGCGAAUCUUCAAGGGAGGACCUUUAUGUUGACAAUCAGUCAACAACCGGUGAGGGUCAGGAUUCCCAGUUACGGGGAGGAAGCUCGGAAGGCAAGGAUUCCCGGUUCUCGGGAAACACAGACACGCAACGUGUCGUUGUAUUAAUGCCUGCAGAGAGGGACAUGCCGGAUCAGGGCAAGUCGCAGAGGGGUAGCCCCCGUUAUCAGCGACAGUCUAGCUCACGGCUGAGGGGCUCGGAUUCGAGCAGGGGGAGGAGUAUGGCACGUUUCUCACAAAAACGGAGACCCUCCCCGAGGAGUUAUCAACGGAACAAAGGAACCUAUUCUACAAGAGAGGCAAGGUCUCCGACCCCACGUAUACAGAGUACGAGGGGAGCCGGACCAAAGGUUCAUUCAGUCCGGGUACGGACAGAUCAUCAGCAAAGUUCGGGGGUUGGACAAGUACCAGUACGAACUAGGGAAAUAUGGAAUUCGUCUUAUUCCCGUAAGAAGGAGUCUUCCAAGCCGGAAGAACAGCCCACUCCAACAAGGCACCGGAAACGGAAAGCUAAGUUGCAAGGUCAGGAGGGUCAGCCACCUGAGAAGAAGUCUCACAGAGGUCAUCGGAAGGGGGAGAUUUGCAAGAUAGGCGGUUGUGGCAAGGAAACUUGGUAUCCCAAGCGUCAUCUAGUCGAGGCUCACCUCCCCAAUGUCUUAGAAGAGCGUCAUCCGUUGACAGUGGACCUACACCGGACCCGGUAUUCGUGUCUGGCCAUGUUUGCUGUAUGCACUGUGGGGCCAACAGCAGGGCUGCAAGACCUCUGUGAUUGGAUCAACCGAUACAGGUUCAUUGAGCCAGGUUGGAAGAUCACCGAUAGACAGAGGGAGUUGAUGGUAGGACUGUGUGAGGAGCAAGGCUGGGAAGUUCCACAGGAUUUCAGCUUGUCCCCAAUAAACUCUCCCGCUGCACUCCUGCAUUGGAGGUGCCUGAAAGCUAUUGCCAAUCAGAUAGCUAGGGGGACGAUGAACGAGCUGAGGGAAAGGUUCACCUUUACCUCUGAACAGGUUCUUGUGGAGCCGGAAGCUGAGGUCCAGGAUACGGCUGGUGUCGACGUGAAGGAUCCGAUAGAGGCCAUGGAGACGUCAUCAGGACUUCGGGUAUCCACCGGUAGAUCGGCAGAGGACCCGGGGUUAGAGCAUCAGAAUCCUGCUGGGGAUUCGUUGGAGGACAUAUCAGUACCAGAGUCCAAGCGAAUGGAGGAGUCCAAACCGGUGAUGAGCGCUUUCGAUAGCCAUUUCCAUCUGGAUAGGAUACGAAGGUACCUGAAGCUUCACCAUGAUGCGUCAGUGCAUGAUGUACUAGCAGCGGUGCCAACAACACCAGGGGAGUACCAGCUAGAAGUCUCGGGAGGUGUCGCGGUAUACUGCGACCCCGAAACCUACCCAUCAGUCGACGAAAUAUCUCGAUUAGUGGAGGAAGGCUUUAAGGCGGUGAUUGGAGUCCAUCCUAAGCACUGCAUUUCCAAGGUUGACAAACAACGCCUGGUGGACUUGCUGGUGGUACCUGGAGUGGCUGGACUCGGUGAGGUCGGUCUCGAUCACACCUGUCGGCCUGAUACUUGGUAUCCUCAGGAGCAGCUACUCAAGGAUCUCCUGUCCUAUCUGUGUCCAGGCAUGGUACUGGUGCUGCACAUCAGGGGAAUGAAGAGGGAUGCUGCAGGAGUGGAGGCCUUCAUGCGCUGCCUGGAUAUCCUGCAAUUGCAGGGAGUAUCAUCACGCCAGAAGAUUCAACUCCACUGUUUCUCCGGUACAGCGAGAGUAGUGGAAAGUUGGUUGGAAGUCUAUCCAAACACCUACUUUAGUGUGUCGGGCCUGGUGUUUCACUUCAAUGAUGCCCAGAGAAAGGCUAUCAAGUCAAUUCCCCUAGAUCGGCUCCUUUUAGAGACAGAUGCCCCUUACUUUCCGGUAAGUGCGGAAAGUUCGUGCAGUGCCCCCCACUUAAUUGAUAUCACAGCCAGGAAAGUGGCAGAGAUACGGGGAGGCAUUACCGUCAGAGAGGUCCUUGGAGCCACAGAGGAGAACGCCCGGACCUUCUUCUGUUAA